GCUGGUGGUCACCAAGACCAGCGAAACGUGUUGAGCCUUCUUUCUUCUUGACCACGGGCACUGCAACUGUUAUCCUGAAUCAUCUGGCAGUUGUUGGCCUUUAAAUCCCCCAGGAUCCCUAUCAGAAUUAUCCAUCUGGAGUCUCUGCACAUUCCCCUGCUGCUAUUGGACCUCGAUCUGCAAUUGAGAACCAAGGGGACUUCUUUCUGAGACCAUGACUCUCCAGCUGUGAGGAACCAGAGUCUUUAUUACACGUCACACAUUCUGUAUUCUCAUCUAUCACAAAGCAUGGACACAGAUGGGAAUCACAGGACUGAGAGGAUAAUAAAUAUCACCCUGGAGAUCAUCUACCUGCUGACUGGAGAGGAUUACACAGUAGUGAGGAAGACAUCUGGUGAGUAUGAGACACCCAGCAGCCGACUCCGCAUGUCAGGAGGUCUGAGCAGGACCCAGAGCCCCAUCAUGGUGCCUCAACCUCACUCACUGAUACAUGAGAGACACAAUGACCAGAAAAUCCUGGAACUCACCAACAAGAUCAUUCAGCUGCUGACUGGAGAGGAGGGGGAGUAUAUAGAGGAACACAGGGGUGUGUACAAGGACGUGAUGAUGGAGAAUCAUCGGACCCUCACAUCACUGGAUGGACCCAGUAACAGAGAUACCCCAGAGAGAUGUCCCCGUCCUCUAUAUUCCCAGGAUUGUACAGAGGAGAAUCACAGGAUCCCACAGGAGGAUCAGUUAGAACACCUGUCUGAUAUUAAAACAGAAGAUAUAGAGGGAGAAGAAGAGACGUAUGUGACUGAUAUUAAUACAGAAGAUAUAGAGGGAGAAGAAGAGACGUAUGUGACUGAUAUUAAUACAGAAGAUAUAGAGGGAGAAGAAGAGACAUAUGUGACUGAUAUGAAGGCAGAAGAUAUAGAGGGAGAAGAAGAGACGUAUGUGACUGAUAUGAAGGUAGAAGAAACAGAGGGAGAAGAAGAGACGUAUGUGACUGAUAUGAAGGCAGAAGCUAUAGAGGGAGAAGAAGAGACGUAUGUGACUGAUAUGAAGGCAGAAGAUAUAGAGGGAGAAGAAGAGACGUAUGUGAGGGGUGAUCAGCAGUGUAAGGAGGAGGAAAUCCCUACAGACAUCAGGACAGCAGAUGGACACACAAGCAGGAAUAUCUCAGAAGGACAUCUAAUGUUAUCCCCGGAUUGUGAAAAAAAAGAUAAUGACAGUAGACCGGAUUCUUCAGGAGAUGAUCCUAUUACUUCAAUUAUACAUCCAGCUCUAUCAUCUGGUCCCUCUGCUCCUGGGAAAUGUUCUCCUGAUCACUCUGAUAUUGGUGCAUCUAUUACAGCUCUGACAGUAGAUACAGUGUUUCCCUGUUCUAUAGAUGCCAAAUGUUUUACACAGAACACAAACCUUAUUACCCAUCAACCAGCUAAGGCAGAUGAGAGGCCAUUUCCAUGUUCUGAGUGUGGGAAAUGUUUUACACGGAAAUCACAUCUUGUUACACAUCGGAGAAGUCACACAGGUGAGAAUCCAUUUUCUUGCUCUGAGUGUGGGAAAUGUUUUAUACAGAAAUCAGAUCUUGUUAAACAUCAGAGAAGUCACACAGGUGAGAAGCCAUUUUCUUGCUCUGAGUGCGGGAAAUGUUUUACCCUGAAAUCAAAUCUUGUUACACAUCAGAGAAGUCACACAGGUGUGAAUCCAUUUCUAUGUUCUGAGUGUGGAAAAUGUUUUAAAUACAAAUCAGUUCUUGUUACACACCAGAGUAGUCACACAGGUGAGAAGCCAUUUUCUUGCUCUGAGUGUGGGAAAUGUUUUACCCAGAAAUCACAACUUGUUACACAUCAGAGAAGUCACACAGGUGAGAAACCAUUUUCUUGCUCUGAGUGCGGAAAAUGUUUUACCCAGAAAUCACAACUUGUUACACAUCAGAGAAGUCACACAGGUGAGAAACCAUUUUCUUGCUCUGAGUGUGGGAAAGGUUUUGCAGAAAAAUCACAUCUUGUUAGACAUCAGAGAAGUCACACAGGUGAGAAGCCAUUUUCUUGCUCUGAGUGUGCGAAAUGUUUUACCCAGAAAUCACAACUUGUUACACAUCAGAGAAGUCACACAGGUGAGAGGCCAUUUCCAUGUUCUGAGAAAUAAAUCGGCUCUUGUCGCACACAAUAGACAUCACUCAGGUGAGGAACCAUUCUAUUCUUCUGGAGUAUACUUAUCAUUGCCAUGUAACGUUCUUCAAGGUUCUUAUCCUAUCUCCCCUGCUUCUUGCAAUAUACAUGCUACCACAGGAUGAAACAAUCCAACGUCAUGUCCUCGUUUACCACUGCUAAGCCGAUGACCUGUCUUUUGGUCCGGGUACUGAGAACCCAAUACCAAUCCUAAAUGUCUAGCUGAGCUCCAGGUGUGGGUGAUGCCAGUUGGCUGUGACUCAGUCCUGGUGAAACAAGUCUUUAUGAUAGAAGCUCACGACAAAGGGCGGGGCAACAGCUCAGCUUUGCCUACCAACCAGACUUACACUUGGGGGUUCAGGGUUACAAAAUGCUAAUCCUGUGUGGAAUCUUGGUGUCCUGGAUGGUGGAGUGACACUUAGACAUCAGGUAUCAGCCACAAUCAGAUCCUCAUCUGAGGAACAUAGCCAGACUCCAGCACUUAUUUCCCUCAGAACCCUCAGAAGACCUACAGUCAUACAUGUAUUUGUAUCAUCACACACAGAACACUGUAAUAUCCUCUACCUGGGUCUCCCAGCAGAAGAAUUGUACCACUUGUAGCUUGUACAGAAUGCUGCAGCCAGGCUGUUACCUAACCAGCCUAUUCCUGCCACAUACCACCCAUUCUCUGCUCCCUCCACCGGCUGCCUGUAAGAUGGUGACUCUGGGCCUAAUUCAGGUUGGUUUGCAGUAUGCAAUCCAACCAGAAUUAUUGAGAAAAUGUUGCGGGUGCAUGCGCAGCACCCAUCCUACGCAUGCGUCCUCAUUUUCUUUGGGGGGGAGCAGAAAAUGCGAUUGCCCCGGCCUGUCAAUCAGGCUUAGGCGGUGGCCGGGGGCUGGGCAACGCUCCAUUUCCAGGGAGUAGACGGGCAUUGUAGGAGAAACAGGGGUGUGAUCACGGUGGCUGCGUGACAUCACACGCAGCUGACGAGAUCGAGAAGAACGUGGCGUGUCUCCUGCGGUCGCAGCUAAGCUGAGCCAGUUGGAGGCUUCACUAAUUUCUGUGAUGAAGCAGAAAUUGUGAGGUGAUCGCAAUUUCUGCUUCAUCAAGGGGGGAGGCGGCAGUCAGCAUGCUAGGAAAAGGAUUGCAAACGCUGCUAAUUAGCAGCACCCUAUUACAGAAUUUUACUGACUCUCCGAGCCCUACAUGACCAGGGUCCAUGGUACCAGAAGCAGCUUCUGCCUCCUUACUGCCCUGGUUACAGCCAUCUGUUGAUGGACUGUUAGCAGUACCAUAAAUGCCCAAGCAGUGCUUAGAUGUCAGGGGGAGACAGGGUGGGUGGCAGUAGUGCAGUAGCGGGGCUGCUGGAGGCAGUGUGUAAGUGGGUAAUAUUGUCCCCAAUCAGCGCUGAGGUGGCAGACAGGGCGAGUGACAGUAGUGGGGGCUGCUGGAGGCAGUGUGUAAGUGGGUAAUAUUAUCCCCAAUCAGCACUGAGGUGUCAGAGGGGGAGUGGCAGUAGUGGGGGCUGCUGGAGGCAGUGUGUAAGUGGGUAAUAUUAUCCCCAAUCAGCGCUGAGGUGUCAGACAGGACGAGUGGCAGUAGUGGGGGCUGCUGGAGGCAGUGUGUAAGUAGGUAAUAUUGUCCCCAAUCAGUGCUGAGGUGUCAGACAGGACAAGUGGCAGUAGUGGGGGCUGCUGGAGGCAGUGUGUAAGUGGGUAAUAUUGUCCCCAAUCAGUGCUGAGGUGGCAGACAGGAUGAGUGGUAGUAGUGGGGGCUGCUGGAGGCAAUGUGUAAGUGGGUAAUAUUGUCCCCAAUCAGCGCUGAGGUGGCAGACAGGACGAGUGGCAGUAGUGUUGGCUGCAGGAGGCAGUGUGUAAGUGGGUAAUCUUGUCCCCAAGCAGCUCUGAGGUGUCGGAGGGGGAGACAGGGCGGUUGUCCACAGUGCAGUACCAGGGGCUGCUGGAGGCAGUAAAGAGGUGUAUGGGUCCUGCACAGAACAAGUUGAUAAUUAGACUUAAUGAUGAUUAUGCUUCCUUAUUUCUAAUUAAUCCCUUGAAUGUGACCAUUUAUUGUUAUUUGCUGUGUCAGCCUUUAUGUGUGUUCUGUGUAAUAAUCCUGAAAGUGGUGGUGCUACCGAUCUCAUAUCAUUUGUAGUAACUUGGAAAAUAUGAGAUAUGAGGUGCACUCUGGAAACUUGUAGGGGGUUAAUCAGAGAUGAACGCAGAUGUGACAUCACUCAGCCCCCUGGAAAAUGGUCUCGGCCUGCCCGCAUUCACCCCUCAGGGAUGCGACCACAAUGUGUGUGUUUGCGUUGCUGCUGCGCAUGUGCAUUUUGCCACCACCAGCAAACUGUGCUGCGGGCCGCUAUUGCGACUGGGUCUGAAUGACCCCCAUAGGCUUUUGGCUCUCCUGAUUAUCUGUUUUACUUACCUGCUAUACUAAAACAUAACUUGAAUUGUUUCUGUGCUUUAAAGGAUAUUUUAUCCAUGUUGUGCAGAGUAAAGUAUUUUUUAAGUUUGAAAUAUAGACAAAAAUAUGUGUAUUAAAGAUAUGAAAUAAAGUCGUUUAAAAACAAAA